GACCCCAUCCACCCACCACCCAAAUCCGCAAAUUCACCCCGCUCUAUCUCUUCCACCACAACCACGCCAAAUUUCUCCUCCUGCCAUUCGGACUCGGCGGCUCCAGCUGGUAACAGCCAGCCAGCAAGCAAUAGGAAUCUAUCCAUUCAUGUCUGUCCAUCUGUUUCCUUUUCAUCCUCAGCCCCUUUUAUAUCUGUCACGAGCUCGGCAAAUACCAACAACUUUAGCGACAUAAAUUGCAUGAAUGAUGAUGAGAACGUCAACAAUAUUAGCAAGAAUGCCAGUGACAGCAACAACAGCAGCAGCAAAAAAAGCGACAACCACAACAACAGCAUUUGCGGUCCCGCAGAUAUCAUUCCAGGUCUGUACGCCGACCCCUUUGCCGGAGUUGCUGCUGCAGCUGCCGCAAUGGCCGCCAUGAACCAAUUCCAUCAGAUGCCAGGAAACCGGCCGAACCAUUUGCCGGGAGGACUCUCUUUGCCCCUGGGACUGCCUGGCCAGUUUGGUCUACCAAUUCCCGAUGUCGGCCCCAAAAACGGUGUGCCCGUACCGGACGGAGACACGUUAGCUUUUACCCAUCCUCCUUCCUCCUCCUCCAAUUGUCUCAAUCCCUCCCCGGCCUCAUCUCCAAUCUACUCAUCCUCGAAUUUAACAAAUUCUGCUCCCUUUUUCGCGUCGUCUGCCGUGAAUAAUGGACAACCAGGAGUGGAUGCCUUCACUUCAAUGGGCCUGACCUCCAGUGCUAGACUUACAGCUGACCUUAUGAUAAGUCUGGCAGGAUACGUGUCGCCCACGAUUGGACCUGCGUCUGGGCUGGGGCUCGAGAUCGGUGGACUCAAGUUGGGCGGCUCUUUGCCCAUCGGCUGUGUAGCCGGAUCGGGGUUGAUGGGCUCCGGCGGUACGCCUUUACUGGGCUCCGUGCCGGUACCAGGUCAUUGUUCCCCGAUUACUUCAUUGCUUCCCCCGGGGCAAUGA